AGUCGCUUUCUUUCUGACUUGCCACAUCCAAAUCCAAACUCCAAAGAACAUCGUUGUUCCACAGCCGCGACGCAAAGAGAGGAAGAAGAGAAAUGGAAGCCAUGGGCGUGUUUUGCGGAACCAAUAGUAUCUAUGUCACAUCCUCUCAAUUACGCACCUCAAACACAAACACAAGAAGCUCUCAAUUACGCACCACCCAACACCUUUCUGCAUUUCCUUCUAAAUCCCAUCUUUUUUCAUCUUCUACUUCUUCUUCCUAUGCCAAAACCAUCCGCACUAAAAGCUCCACCAAUACCGGCAUUUUCCUUCCCCACUUAAUUGCUUCUCUCGAACAAGUUGACCGAACUUAUAUUAUGGUGAAACCCGAUGGCGUGCAACGUGGUCUUGUGGGUGAAAUUAUUUCUAGGUUUGAGAAGAAGGGGUUUAAGUUAAUUGGCUUGAAGCUCUUUCAAUGCUCUAAAGAAUUAGCUGAGGAGCAUUACAAGGACCUAAAUCAAAGGUCUUUCUUCCCUAAGCUGAGUGAAUAUAUUACUUCGGGCCCCGUUGUGUCUAUGGCUUGGGAGGGUGUUGGAGUAGUGCCAUCAGCACGUAAGCUUAUAGGAGCAACAAAUCCUCUGCAAGCAGAACCAGGCACAAUAAGAGGAGACUUUGCUGUUGAAACAGGAAGGAAUGUUAUCCAUGGCAGUGACAGCCCUGAAAAUGGCGAGCGUGAAAUAGCUCUAUGGUUCAAGGAAGGUGAAUUAUGUGAAUGGACUCCUGUCCUACAUCCAUGGCUAAGAGAAUAAUAAACCAGAGAUGCGCAAUGACAACGAUUUAUGCAGCUUUUAAGUUCAAUAAGAUGUUCAAUUGUUCAGUUUUCAAUGUAUCCCUCCUUUAAGCUCAAUGUUCAAACAUUUACUCUGAAAUUCUUAUAAAAUUUUGCAUUCGACUCAUAUGGAAGUCCGUACCAUUUUCUCUA